GCUCUGCGGGCUGAUUUUUUUGCAAGUUCUUUUGCAAAAUUGUGAUUGUGCAAAGCUUUUGUAUUUUUGUAACAUUUAUGAUUAUGCCCUGUGGGCUGAUUUUUUUCGACAAUGUUUUUUUGUAACAUUUAUGAUUAUGCCCUAUGGGCUGAUUUUUUUUCAAGUUAUUUAGCUUGCGGUGACCGCAAGCUUUAAGGGGCGUGUAUGUGAGCGGCUGGAGUGUGUUUAUCUGUUAUUAUAAUUAUUUGUAACUAAGAAGGCGAAUGUCGCUUUUUAUGUUCCUUUGAGGAUUGUUGUGGUUUUUAGUUAAGUAGUUCGCUAUUAUGGCGCUGAUAUGAUUUUGAUUUUACAAUGGUUUGUAGCCUGGUUAUUGUGUCUUGUUUAUAUUUUAAUGUUAUUAUUUAUGCAAACUUUGUUUUGGAUUGUUGCUCCACUUUGCUUUAUGUCCUGAAUGUUACUUAUUAUUGUAUUAGGGACUAUUUUCUUGUGCGUAGCAUUGGUUUCUUUGUUCGUAGUAUUGGUUCCUUUGUUCGUGAAUGUGGUGUGUCGACAGGGAGGGACAUUCGGCUGGAAUGUCGAGGCCUGUGUGUUGAAGAGUUUCUGUGUCACGUUUAUGUGGUGUAUGGUAACGACGGUGGUCCGAAAUUGGGUGUUUUGUUUCGUUGAGUUCUGUUUGUUUUGUAUGUCUUGAGUGUUUUAUUUUGUCUAGAUCUAGAUUCUAGUUUUUUUUUAAUAACUUUUGGUUCCAUAUUUAUUAUUUUGUGAAAUAAAUUUUAUAUUAUUGUUAAAGUUUUUUUGUUUUUAAUUUAGACUAAGGUUAGGUUAUUAACCAGCCUGGGUUUAGCCGGGCUUGCACUGACCGGACAGUAGUUAGUUAGAUAAGCCUAGGGAAGGGUAAGAUAGAUUUUAAGGUAUCCCCCCCUAGCAGGGCUUACAAAUUGGUAGCACGAGUGGGGUCAGUGCUUUAGUCUAGUUAAAUUUUUGUUUUUCUAGGGCUAGUGUAGCUUAGAUAAAUUUUUGUUUCUUGAUAGGCCCUUUAUGGAACCAUAUGUGUUUAGUUUUUGUUUAGUGUAGGAAUUGUUUGUUGUUUAAAACACCCAAUUCGGACGAGAUGGCGGAGGUGGCACAAACCAUCAGCAUCGUUCCACCCAGGGAGAUCCUCAUCCGGAAGUUUCAUGGGGACAGCCACGGCUAUGAGGUGGAACGAUUCAUUGACGAGAGGAAGGACCUUCUCUGGCAGUACCUGGGGGAAGCUGUGAGAGAAGAACUGAGCUGCAGGGGAGAUGACCUGCAACGUGACCCAGAGGCCUCCAUCAGGCUCCUCCGAGAAGUCUAUGGGGAGAAGAGGAGCGUCUCCCAGCUAAUGGCGCAACUCCAAAUGGUUGUGCAGGGCCAACACGAGUCGGUGAGGGCCUACUCGCACCGCCUGCACAGGGCCUUCAAGGCCCUUGUUGCCAGACAGGGCACCCUGCAGGUCCCUCAGACGAAUGCUGAGUUCCUAAGGGACCAGUUUAUGGAAAAGCUGAGCCAGUCCUCAGUCAGACGUCAGUUGCAAGAACUAGUUUUCAGGGACCCUAAGAUCCCCUUCCUGGCCAUACGGGAUGCGGCCAUUCGAUGGUCUGGAGACGAGGAUCCAGGGACAGAACCUGCCUAUGUGGCAGCUCUACAUGCCCGCCCCAAGGAAGAACCCACCCUGCCCAGGUCUAAGCUGGAAGACAGGGUGGACAAGCUCGCAGAGCAGCUAUCGGCUCUGUUGACUCAGUUGGCACAGAACCCUCAAGUGUCAUCUAGCCGAAGGGUACCCCGCCGACGUCCAGAGGCGGAAACAAGAAUGUGUUACAAUUGUAACCAGCAAGGUCACCUCGCCCGCAAUUGUCGAAACUCAAAGAAACAGGAGGCCGCAGUGAUUCAGAGUCUUACUACUGCUGGUGGGCAGAGCCCAAGCUCCACCAUUCACAAGCUGGCUGGACAGUGCCCCACCCUGACUGUGUAUUUACAAGGUGUACCGGUGACGGCCGUUAUAGACAGUGGUUCACAAGUCAGCACGGUCACUGAAACAUUUUGUAACAGGAGCCUCAAGAACAUUAUCCUAAGAACAGACACACCCCUGUCCUUGAGAGCAGCAAAUGGGUUGGCCAUCCCAUACAAUGGCUAUUUUAUUACUGACCUGGAGAUCAACAAGGAAGAAAUACGCGACAAGGGGUUCCUUGUGAUAAAGGAUCCAGUGGGUGGCUCAUCAGCUCCACCCUGUUUGUUGGGCAUGAACGUUCUCCAGGACCUGACCACAUUGGCCCACCUGAUCAAGCCCCCAGGGGUGACACCGAAGGUAUGGCGAGGGGGCAAGGUCCUCCGCCCCCGCGAAAGGACUCUGGUGCCUGCCAAGAGUGUACCAACCAUUCAGGCGACGAAAGGAGACCCCAGAAUGAAGGACGACAAGGGGGUACAGCCAUUAGACCAACCUUUUCACCCAGAUCCGUCAGUGGUAUCAGGCCCAACAUCCUGCCUACGCGCCAGCAUAACCAGUAUAAAGGUGGACCAAUCUGAGGAACUAGAGGCAAUGGGUCCACCUAACCCAUCCUUAAUUAAGGCACCGGGUGGUGGUGCUGGGGAAUGCCCCCAGACAGAGUCAAGCAAGAAGGACAAGCAGGUCAAAAAGGCACAUGUAGCUGAACUGGCCAUAGGCGAUCUGGUCCUUCUGAGACAACCCCCACUAGGCAGACGCAAAAUGGCAGACCUGGACGACCCGACAGUUUAUGUCGUGGUCGAAUUACCUCCAAUCACCGGCGGGUGUUACGCCAUUAAAAAGAAAGAUGGCCCUUCUGGCACCCGCCGGGUGGCCAGCACCCAGAUCAGGAGAUAUGUACCUCCCCAGGCUCAACCGCCCUCCCCAAGGCCGGUCAAAGUUGUACCGCCGGCUGCUACAGCCACAUCGUCUGAUCUUUUUGCAGAAUUUUGUUUUUUGUAACAUUUAUGAUUGUGCUCU